AUGGAUAACAAGAACACGGAACUGGAGAACGAAGAGAAAGAUAAUGAGAAUAAUGGAGCUAAAGAGAGAGAGAGAGAGAGAGAGAGAGAGAGAGAGAGAGAGAGAGAGAGAGAGAGAGAGAGAGAGAGAGAGAGAGAGAGAAGGUGACUAAAACGAGUCAAGCAAAAACACGGUCAAAGAACUGCCACCAAGAAAACAGCCACCAAGUUAACAUUUACAAAGGCUAAUGGUACGAUAGACGGCAAGCUGUCAGUAACAGUUGUCACCACAGACAGCCAGAAACCAGACCAGCAGCAGACCCAGCCAGGACGGACAGUAGCAGGACCCGCCAGCCAGACAGGACAGCCCGCCACAGCCAGACCAGCAGGACCCGCCACAGCCAGACAGGAGAGACAGCAGGACCCGCCACAGCCAGGACGGGAGAGACAGCAGGACCCGCCACAGCCAGACGGGAGAGACAGCAGGACCUGCCACAGCCAGACGGGAGAGACAGCAGGACCCGCCACAGCCAGACGGGGAGAGACAGCAGGACCCCACAGCCAGACGGAGAGCAGACACAGCCAUGACCCGCCACAGCCAGACGGGAGAGACAGCAGGACCUGCCACAGCCAGACGGGAGGAGAGCAGGACCCGCCACAGCCAGACGGGAGAGACAGCAGGACCCGCCACAGCCAGACGGGAGAGACAGCAGGACCCCCUGCCAGACGGGAGAGACAGCAGGACCCGCCACAGCCAGACGGAGACAGCAGGACCCACAGCCAGACAGGGAGAGACAGCAGGACCGCCAGCCAGACAGGACCCGCCACAGCCAGACAGGAGAGAGACAGCAAGACCCGCCACAGCCAGACGGGAGAGAGACAGCAGGACCCGCCACAGCCAGACGGGAGAGACAGCAGGACCUGCCACAGCCAGACAGGAGACAGCAGACCCGCCACAGCCAGACGAGAGACAGCAGGACCCGCCACAGCCAGACGGGAGAGACAGCAAGACCCGCCACAGCCAGACCAGCAGGACCCGCCACAGCCAGAGACAGGGAGAGCCACAGCAGGGACCCGCCACAGCCAGACGGAGGAACAGCAGGACCCGCCAGACGGGAGAGACAGCAGACCCGCCACAGCCAGACGGGAGAGACAGCAGGAACGGGAGAGACAGCAGGACCUGCCACAGCCAGACGGGGAGAGACAGCAGGACCCGCCACAGCCAGACGGGAGAGACAGCAGGACCCGCCACAGCCAGACGGGAGAGACAGCAAGACCCGCCACAGCCAGACGGGAGAGACAGCAGGACCCGCCACAGCCAGACGGGAGAGACAGCAAGACCCGCCACAGCCAGACGGGAGACAGCAGGACCUGCCACAGCCAGACGGGAGAGACAGGGCCAGAGGGAGAGACAGCAGGACCCGCCACAGCCAGACGGGAGACAGCAGGACCCGCCACAGCCAGGAGAGACAGCAGGACCCGCCACAGCCAGACGGGAGACAGCAGGACCUGCCACAGCCAGACGGGAGACAGCAGGACCCGCCACAGCCAGACGGAGAGACAGCAGGACCCGCCACAGCCAGACGGAGAGCAGCAGGACCCACAGCCAGACGGGAGAGAGCAGGACCCGCCACAGCCAGACGGAGAGACAGCAGACCUGCCACAGCCAGACGGGGAGAGACAGCAGGACCGCCACAGCCAGACGGGAGAGACAGCAGGACCCGCCACAGCCAGACGGGAGGAGAGACAGCAGGACAGCAGGACCCGCCACAGCCAGACGGGAGAGACGUAG